CGAAGAUAUAAAUUACAAAAUAUUAUUAUUAUUAUUAUUGGAUAAUUAAUAUUAUGUCUAUACUAAACCCGUUCCAACUUUUGGAACUGAAUGUCAUCUCGGCGCAGGACCUGUCUCCCGUCUCACGUUCGAUGCGAACCUACGCCGUCGCCUGGGUUCACCCGGACCGGAAGCUCUCGACCCGGGUCGACACGCGUGGCCACAAUAACCCCACGUGGAACGACAAGUUCGUCUUCCGGGUCGACGAGGAUUUCCUCCAAAACGACACCUCCGCCGUCAUGAUCGAAAUCUACGCUCUCCAUUGGUUCAAGGACAUCCACGUUGGUACCGUCCGGAUCCUCGUCGGAAACCUGAUCCCGAAUCCUCUUUCUCGAGCGGCUUCGUCAUCUUUCGGCAACAACAAUCGCCACCACCAUUACCACCACCCCCAGCUGGGGAUGAGGUUCGUUGCGUUGCAGGUUCGCCGGGCCUCUGGUAGACCGCAGGGCAUUUUAAACAUUGGGGUUGCUCUGCUUCACAGCUCCAUGAGAAGCAUGCCGUUGUAUUCUCAGCUGAGCACCUCGGCCGUUGGAUAUAAAGAAUUAAUGGGCGAAGAAGACCCAAUUCAUCAUCACAAUAGUAACAAUAAUAACAAUAGCAGCCUAACCAAUACUAUUCACGUGGGUUUGUUGUCGGAGCUCCGGCGGACCAAGAGUGAUGUGAGUUCUUUGAUGGGGUCCGAGACCAGGGCAAAGGAAUUUAAAGGGAAGCCGAAAAAGGGAAAAAAGUCAAGCUCCAUGGUCAACGAAUCCGAAGCUAGCUCGUUAUUGAGGAGGAGGAGACACCGGAAGAAAGGCGGAAGCUCCUUGAUCAGCAGCGCCGUUAGUCGCCGGACGGGAAAGAGUAAUUUGGGUAAACCGAGUUCGGCAGUUAAUUACGGUUCGGAAGUUAAGGUGGAGACGACACCACGUAAGGGCAAAAGUGGAAAAGUGAGUUCGUUAAUUAACGGUAUUUCGGAAGUUGUUGCGGUGGACCCACCGAAGAAGGAAAAAACUAAGAAUAAGAGUUCGUUAAUUAACGGUAAUUCGGAAGUUGACGUGGGAAUUGAAUAUAACCGUAUCCCGCCAAAGAAAAAGGACAUCAUUAAGCCUAUUUUGAAACCCUCUCCGUCGUUUGGACGGGACGCGGCGGCGAUAAUUAAUGCCUCGCCGAGAGCCAAGCCGUCGCCGAGGUUCAACCUAACCGAACGGAGCGCCCCAAGGAGCGGAAACCACCACGGAAAAUCGCCGUUUCAUAGCUCCAAGUUUCAUCCAACUCCAACGACGUACGAGUACGCAACACCGAGGAAAUCGCCGCUCAUGACCAGAGGCCCGGCGUUCUUGACGGAGUCGGAGCUCGGGCCGUCUCCAUCGGAGGUGGCGGAAGCGAUCGCCAAACAGCUUGCUCCCGCGGAGGAGACGGAGAGCUCACUUCUCGGCGGAUGGAGCGUGGAUGAGAGCAUGGAGGGCCUUCGGUCGAAGCUCGAGCGGUGGCGGACGGAAUUGCCUCCUGUCUAUGACCGCGGCGAAUUCUCGAGUGUGUCGGAGUCCCGCCACAAUCGCCGCCACACCGACGGCGGCAGCGGCAGCGGCCUAUUCUCUUGCUUCAGCAACAUUUGUGGUGUGGAAUGUUCCAUUGUUUGCGGGUCGGGUAGCGGGUCGGUCUCCAAGAAAUCCAAUAGCAGUGGGCGGCUGAUGCGAAGUCCCUCGGCUGAUAAUCUCGUUUACAAGUAACGGGUUCGGAUAAACGGGUUUCGGGUCGGGCUUUUAUUCACCCGAUUCUUAUUAAGAGGUAUUUAUCUAUGGCUAUUGGAUAUGAGCCAACGGGUAUUUGAUAAAUAUGCUAGAGGAUUGAUCAAUGUUCGGUUAGGCCAAGUCUUCUUCAAUUGCUAUUGUUGUUCUAUACUUUUUUUUCUUUUAAAAAAAUAAACCCUUAUAUUCUUUUUUGUUGUGUAUUUUUAUGUUUUAUUAAUUAUUUGGGUGAUCCAAUCAAGAGCUACUCCAUAUUUCUGCAAAAUCAAUUAUAAAGAUUUGUAGAAUUGACAUCUCUCUCUAUACAUAUAUGAA